CCAGCGAGGGAGAACGACUUUUAGAGAUGCCGUCAGUUAGGCGAAUGAUAUUAAGUCACGUUAUGUCGGGGAUGUGUGCGAAAAUUAAUCGAAAGAAGCAGUUGCAAGGUGACGUCAUGGAUACGCCGCUGAAACGAUGUCUAUCCACUUUCGACAUUACUCUUCUUGGGAUCGGACAUAUGAUUGGUGCUGGGAUUUAUGUUUUGGCUGGUCCUGUUGCUCGUGAUAUUGCUGGACCUGGCGUAAUUUUGAGCUUUUUAUUAGCGGGUUUAGCAUCGUUAUUAGCUGCUCUUUGUUAUGCUGAAUUUGGCGCCAGAGUACCAAAAGCUGGAAGUGCUUAUGUAUAUGCUUAUGUUUCCGUUGGUGAAUUUUGGGCAUUUGUUAUUGGUUGGAAUAUCAUUUUAGAGCACAUGAUAGGUGCAGCGUCGGUGGCUCGGGCCUGGAGUGGUUACGUGGACUCCCUGUCCGGUCGAACAAUCAGUAAUCUGACGAGGUAUCUCAUAGGGGGUUACAGCGUCGAUGAGUCAAUUGGUAAUGUCCCCGAUCCUGUCGCUGCUGUUCUCUGCCUCGUUUACGCCUUCCUGCUCGCGAUGGGCGUCAAGUGCUCCGCUGCAAUCAACUCCCUCCUGACGAUGGUCAACCUUGGGAUCAUGGGUCUCAUUGUUGUGCUCGGUUUCUAUCAGGCCGAUCUUUCCAACUGGAACUACAGAGAAAACGGCUUUUUACCUUACGGCAUUACUGGCGUUUUCGCUGGGGCUGCUACUUGCUUCUACGCCUUCGUCGGCUUUGAUUCGAUAGCAACUUCAGGCGAAGAAGCUCGCGAUCCUAGUCACAGUAUACCGCGUGCUACGGGAUUCUCAAUGGCCAUCGUCACCAUGGGCUACAUUCUCGUUAGCGCGGCUCUCACUUUGAUCGAGCCCUACUCGAAGAUUAGUCGUACCGCUGCUCUGCCCGAAGCUUUCUCCUCCAAAGGAAUCCCGUGGGCAAAAUACGUUAUAAGCGUGGGUGCUCUUUGUGGUAUGACGACGACCCUUUUUGGCUCGCUCUUUUCCCUGCCACGCACCAUGUACUCAAUGGCGAGCGAUGGCUUACUAUUUGGUUUCCUGGCGCGCGUGAGCAAACGCACUCAAGUGCCCAGUGUCAAUCUCGCGAUAAGCGGCGCCGUGAGCGGUCUCAUAGCUCUCCUCUUUGAUAUUGAUCACCUUGUCGAGUUCAUGUCGAUCGGCACCUUCCUUGCUUAUACCAUCGUCUCGGCGAGCGUGAUUGUCCUGAGAUAUAAGCCGCCACCGCUACCAUCCCAUGCCAUGGACAAUACCGUCUCCUCAGACACAGCGACACUCGCAAGCUCCUCGACUCACCAGCUAGUCUCGCCGGCCAAUACCGACCUCGCCCUCGACUCCAGCGACUGUAAUAGCAUGUGUACUUCCGUCGACUCGCAGCUCAUUCGAGGAUUUUGCACGGAUGGAAUAGGAAGAGUGAAACCGCGCUAUACAUGGCUUGCGAAUUUCCUUGGCAAUUGCAAUCCAGGAACCACCGUGACUACAUCUAUUAUAUUUUAUUCUGUUGCCUGCGUUUCACUAUGUUUACUAUUGGUAUUCUUAUCUCAAAAUACCUACUCACCGGCCUGGUGGGAUUAUAUAAUGUUAAUUAAUCUCAUCAUCAUUCUUAUAGCGAGUCUUUUAGUUAUCGCCGCACAUCAACAAAAUCCAGCUAAUCUAACUGGUCCCAGUUUUAGAGUUCCAAUGGUUCCACUUGUACCAGCUCUGAGUAUUCUUUUAAAUAUCAGUCUAAUGUUUCAUCUAUCUUUAUUAACGUGGUUACGGUUUUUUGUAUGGAUGAUAGUUGGUUUGCUGAUAUAUUUUUUAUAUGGAAUUCACUAUAGCAAGGAAGCCGUUGAUCCAAAUUCUUAUGCCGUUUUAAUGGAAACUACCGAGGCAGAAAGAGGUGCCAACUGGGGUUCCUGCAAUUUAAGGCUCAAUCGUAAAAACGACACCACACCAAUUCUUAACAGCGAUGAACUAUUGCAUUAAGAAAAAAUUCUUAUG